AUUUUCUCCCCUAUUUUGUAGAAGCUAAAAUUUCGAAUUCGAGUCCGUACUCCUGAGCUGACAACUUUUCCACCUAAAAGUGAAAAGGACCAUGAAUUGUGGAUGGAAAAUGUGUGCCAAGAGGUACGGGUUCAUCCUCCUUUUCUUGACCUUGUUGCUCGAAGGGAUUCGAUGUUCUCAGGUGAGAGACUGUUCCAAAGACUGUUGGCAGGAAGAACAUAAUCCCGUGUGUGGGACAGAUGGCACGACCUAUAGUUCGGAAUGUGACCUGGAAUCGGCCAGGUGUAAGGGUCAUGAAGUGACCCUCAAACAUCGAGGGAAAUGUCCCGCAUUCUUGACUUGGUAUUCCCUUUUCGUCUGUGCGUAGAGAGGACCCGGUGUUGGGAUCAACGGGCGUAUGCACAGAAGGUUUCAAAGGAUCACAAGAUGGGGACAUUCAUUCCGGAAUGCAUGGAUGAUGGACGCUUUCAAGAAGUGCAAUGUCACCGAGGGACAGGGUACUGCUGGUGUGUCAGUGAGACCGGCAAGGUCAUCCCAGGAUCCGCCCUACAAUACAGGAGACCCAGCUGCGCAAGAAACAGUCUCUUCCUCUCGCUUCUUCUAACCUCUCUUAUCGUUCCAUCACGACAUUCCAAUUAUAUGGAGCGAUACAAAGCCACGAGGUCGUCCGGGACUCGAGACAGGAGGAAGAAAGGCUGUACCCCUACUGAUCGUUCGGCAUUCAAUAACCACUUGAUAAAAAUCUUCAUGACUGAAUACCAGAGAAUCCUUCAGCCUACCACCGAGAAAGCGUCGGUGGAAUCGGUGGUGAGCAAUUUAGAUCAGACUGUCCUAGAAUGGAAAUUUCGAGAGCUUGAUGGGAAUCACGACGGAAUCCUCCGCCGCAAGGAAUACAGGGAUCUCCGACGCUUGGCCAAAAAGGCAUGCUACCUACUAAUCUCAAAAUUUCUUUAA